UUUGCCCAUUCGGCCUUGUUGCCAGCCCUCAGGGAUUAGAGGGAGACAGGAAGGAAGAUGGAAGUAUGCCUCUCCCAACUUUUCUUGUGCCCUGCAACCUACAGGUUUCUGGGAAGUAUAAUUGAAGGCAUGAUGGUGGGAAGUGGCCACAACUUUCCCAAUUUUCAUUCCCAUUAGAGUCAUUGGUCUCAGAAUUCUAUAAGCCCAUUUCAGUUACCUUGGUUCAAGGCUACAAACAAACAGAUCCAACAGUUUUGGUAGUGUGUGUGUAUGUGUGUGUGUGUGUGUAUUUUGGGUGUGAUCAGCAAGUAGUUCUUUCAAGAGCAUACUUAAAAUGCAGCAUAUUCCGAUAUUUUAUUUUGGCCUCAGCAUUGCUACACAAUGGUAAAUGAGUUUCAAGAAUACAUGCUGGCUUUUAGAAUGAUCAGAAAUCUAACUGUUUCCACAGCAGUUUAAAGACCCAUAUGAACAGUUUAUAUAUCAUCAUCUCCAGUACUAUGGUUAUUUCAGAGAUGAGGAAAAUUUCCCUCACAAAUUUAGUUUUCCUUUUGAAAGCUGGGAGAGCUCAUGCCAUUUAUUGACAGCAGGCAACUUCUGCAAAAAAGAUAGAAAUGAACAUGAUUCAGACAAGACCCUACUCUGUUCACUAGUGAUGGAAACGGCACUUCUUAAAAGUAAACAGCGCAUGCUUGAUCAACUAGAAAGCCCUAGUAUCUUGCGCUUACGGGAACCUCGGAAUCUUUUUUCUCUUCCUAGAGGUAGAAAUUCAAAAUUGACCCCACUCUGGCCAAUCGAGUGUGAAGUAAUUGAGGAUCAUAUCUAUCACACCGAAUGGGUUCCUCCUGAACCAGAACCUUUUUAUCAACCAACUGGAAAUGAAUUUGCACCGGAAAUCGUUGGAGAGAGUUCUGGAACUGUUGUCUUUUGCAUAGAACCAGCAAUCACAGGUACCUAUUUUAUCGCUUCACGAGUUGGAGGGUCAAGGCAACCUCUCAAGUCAGCUGCCGUCAGCUUAAAAGAUCCAGAAGACACCGUACUGUUAUUUGAAUCACGCUUUGAAAGUGGGAAUCUCCAGAAAGCAGUCAGGGUAGGGGAAUAUGAAUAUGAACUCACUUUGCGGACGGAUCUUUAUACCAGCAAGCACACCCAGUGGUACUACUUCAGAGUACAAAAUACUAGAAAAGAUGUCAAGUACCGCUUCACAAUUGUUAAUCUGAUGAAAGCCAAAAGCCUCUACAAUAUGGGGAUGAAGCCUCUUAUGUAUUCUCAGAAGGAUGCGGAGUCUCAGGGUAUUGGCUGGAGGAGAGUGGGGAAUGAUAUCAAGUAUUAUAAAUACAACACAGAAGAAGGUCAAACCCUCUAUUGCCUCACAUGGACAGUGUGUUUUCCUAACAGCUAUGACACAUGUUACUUUGCUCAAUUCUAUCCUUAUACCUAUUCAGACCUACAAAAUUAUCUUUUGACAUUGGUAGGGAAUCCACUCUAUUCUCAGUAUUGCAAACUCCGCCCUCUGUGCAACAGUCUAGCUGGAAACAUAGUAUACCUUCUCACCAUUACCAAUCCAUCCAAAGGUGUCAUUGCUGCAGCAGCAAAAAAAGCGAUUAUCCUAAGUGCCAGAGUCCAUCCUGGGGAAACAAACAGCUCAUGGGUGAUGAGAGGUUUUUUAGAUUUUAUUGUGAGUGAUGCUCCUGAUGCUCAUCUCCUUCGAGAUCUCUUCAUAUUCAAAGUUGUGCCCAUGCUGAACCCAGAUGGAGUUAUUGUGGGGAACUAUCGCUGUUCGUUGGCAGGAAGAGACUUGAACAGAAACUAUAGGACAGAACUAAAGGAAUCUUUCCCCUGCAUUUGGUAUACUCGGGCCAUGAUCAAGAGAGUCCUUGAGGAACGUGAAGUUCUGCUCUAUUGUGAUAUCCAUGGGCAUAGUCGAAAGAAUAAUAUCUUCAUGUAUGGCUGUAACAACAAGCAUGCACAAAAUCAGUUACUUCAUGAGCGAAUCUUUCCUCUUAUGAUGAGCAAGAAUAUUCCUGAUAAGUUUUGUUUCAACAGCUGUAAAUUUCAAGUUCAGAAGUGUAAAGAAGGAACUGGACGAGUUGUGAUGUGGAGAAUGGGAAUACUAAACAGUUAUACUAUGGAAUCUACAUUUAGUGGGUCAACACUUGGUGCUAAAAGUAGCUGUCAUUUUACUUUUGAAGAUCUCAAAUCUCUAGGUUAUCAUGUCUGUGAUACUUUAUUAGACUUUUGUGAUCCAGACCGCUCCAAGUUUCAGCAAUGCUUGCUAGAGCUUACAGAAUUACUGAAACAAAAAAUCCAGACUAAGCUCUCAGAGUUGGGUAAAAACAUGGAAAGUACUUGGAGUGACAUCUCUCUAUCUGAUGUUGAAUCCAGCACAAGUGGGUCUGACAGCUCCCAAUCAGAUGGUCCUCCUGCCCAUUUGCUCAAGAUGGUAGAAAAGGACUGUAAUGAGAAGAAGAAAAAGAAGAAGAAGAAACUUCUGCGAACCAGGAAAGAAAGAAAUGAUUUGCAUCAGAAAUUGGAUGUGAGCCACGCAUUAAAGCACAAGGAAAAAGUUCUAAACCGAGGCGAAGAAGAAGAUCGAGAGACGUGGAGCCACCGACUCCGCCCUUUCCCCCGCCCCACAGCUCGCCUCCUUGGGUGGGACCAGGACGCGCGCAGGGGAGAAAACACAAGUAAUUGUCAAAAGUGUCAAGAGAUUCCUAAAGGAAAACAGAUUGUUCCCCUGACUGAAUGUGAGUUCAGGAUCAAGAAUCCUAGCCCCCUCCUGAUAUCCACGAUUCCUCUAUCACCAAUACAGCGAAACAGCUUCACAACAACAACCAUCAAACAGCUUCCUGCUCCAUUUUAUGAGCAUUCCAAUGGAGAACUUAAUGGGAAACAGGAUGCAGGUACCUCUCUUCCAUCAUCCUGCCCUGGAGUCAAACGGUACAGGUCCUUGUGGUGGCACCCUGAAGUACCUUCUGUGACUUCAAUGCUACGUCGAAGUCUCUCCUUGAAAUCUCAGGUUCUAUUAAGCAAUAGACCUAGGUGGCACUUGAGUCAAAGCAGGUCACAGGUUCUUCCUCAUCGAGAAUUCAUAUGGAAGCCUUUCCAAAUUGACCCCAUACUUCUGAAGACCGAGAAUGAAUACGGUGCCAAUACCAAGGGACUACCAAAAGCAAUCGGUCAUAAAUAUUCAUCACAAGAUAGCAGAGAAACUAUUCAAGGCUUUAGGUUUGUCUACCAGGAACCAUGAAACCAUGAAUUUUUAAUAAGCUACACUGAGUUUACCUCUGGUCAAUAGGAAAACAGGCAGUCAACAGGCAGUCUCCUGUUCUGGUUAUUUCUCACUAGACUUUAGUGCAAAGACAUCUUUAGUGAAUGAGAACUUGGAGCCUUAAGUAUGAAAGAAGAAUUCUCUUCUUUCCACAGAUUAAUUGCAAACUGUUAUGAAGGACAAGGGUUUUCCUCCUCCAUUAAUAUCUUAAGAGAAGUUGCAUACAGAUUUUCCAUCUAUUUGUUUUGCUGCUAAGAAAUAAAGAGGGCUAUGUGUGGAGGGAGAUUUGUGCGACCAAGAAUUGUCAGCAGGAAACUUCAUGAACCUAUUGGAAGUUUUUCAUCUCCUCUUGAUUAUAUUAAGUUUGCUCCCUAGUGAGAUUCAAAAUCAGCUCAAAGAAAAAUAAGUGUCCUUCCUUCUUGAUUCUUCUUACAAAUACCUCCUCCACCACUGAACUCAUAUUACUUUGGCAAAUGUUGCUUUAGAAAACUUCCUCAUCUGCAACAGAAUGUCACUCAAUUCUUUUCUAGUAGGAAAAAUAUUAUGCCUAAGUAAUGUAUGCACAGGGUUUUCCUUUUUAUGGUGAAGGAUAAAUUGCAAAUUCUAGAAACUCAGUUUUAUUGUUCAUUUAUUGCUACAAUGCACAAAAAGCAAGCGAGACUGUUACUGCAUUUUUAUCCUUUGAGUGAAUGUAUCACUCCCCUAUUUCUUAGGAGUACACUGAUAGAUUUGAACUCUCAUUAUUGCUUUAGCUCAUAAUUAAAAAAGAAAACAUGUGCAUACAUUAGAAUUCAGAAAAAUGUGCUGAGGAUGCAGAGAUCAUAAAAUAAUGUUUAUGUUCUUAAAGUUGAGCGAAAUUAAUUAAAUCUCUGUUAAAGUAUAUUUACUGAAGCCAUGUAUCGGAACUUGUAUUUUGUUACGGAUUUUGUGUAACAUUAAUGAAGUUUGUAUGUGACUUACAAAGGUUAAAAGAUUUUGAAACUUAUUCAGUCUAGGUUUUGUUCUGUUAUUAAAAAAACCUAAACAACGUAAAUGACAAAUUAUAGGUACAGUGCUGAAAAAUACACAAUUGUAUCAGAAAUAUUAUUUUACUUUUGUAUUGUUCAUGUUACAGAUUAAGGAACUUUACAUAAUAAGCCUUGUCUAACAGUCAUUUAUAUGUUUCACUGAAAAACAGUAUAAUAGCAACUAAAAGAUACAAAAGAUUUAUGAGCCAAAUUUAAGUUAAUUCACACAAAGAACCUAAAUAUCUGAUUACAUUUGGCAUCCUUGGUUAUUUUUUCCUAUUGACAAAAUGAACAUUCUUGAAAAUAUUUUCUAGAAUUUUUUUCCAAAAGCAAAGUUUUCAAUCAUAUCUUAAUUAAAUACCAAUUUAUGUUCUUUAAAAAAAGUUGCCUUAUUUUUGUUAUUUGUCUUUAUAAUUAGACCAUUACUAGUCCUUAAUAGUAAAUAGUACUACUGUAAAAUUAUAAAUUUGAUUAAUAAGGGAAAACACAGAACUUGAAAAAGAUUAAUGAACAAAAUAUUCAUAAAGUAUAGAAAUUCUGUGUCUCACUUUCACAUGGGCUGAGUAGAAUGAAACACUGCAACAAAGCCACUUCAUUGGUUUUUGUAGAAAUGUAUGGCUAAAGAGUUUUUUCUAUUGAAGCUAAGUAGCUUGUCAAAGUGAAACAGUCCUCCUUGAUACUAAUUGGAGAUGUCAGAGUAAAGUCCCUUACUUUUUCCAUGUUGUAACACCACUUUAUUCCAGUGAUGAGACUGCAAAGCAGUACAAUUUGUGCAGAAUGUCGUCAUGUAAUGCCUAGAAUGCUGUAACUGUUUUUGUUUUCAUGAACUUAACAUUGAUAAAAUUUACUGAACACCC